UCCGUCUGUCGUUUGCCACAAUAUAUAAUAAUCACUCAUUGGAUCAUUAUGCAAUUAGUUAAUACGAGUUGAUAUUAUGUAAUACAGUAAUCGUAAAGUCAUAACGCAAAAUAGAACAGCGGUUUUUGGAAGGGGUAUAUAAGUAAGUAGUGCCGGUAUAGUGCUAUUUCACAAACUUAUGAGCAUAGUUAACGGCCGCAAGUAUGUACGAUAGCUUCAAUAAUUUGUUUAAUAUACUGUGGGUCCGGAACAACGGGUAAAGAGGGUAUUUUGAAACAUUCUGACUCACGAGAUGAACUUUGAAUUAUUUUACACUUGUUAAGUUCAGUUAAGACAUAGAAAACACAAGUGUAUAAUUCAACUUUGAGUAAUUACUGUUUCUUACACAAUUAUUAUAAAAAAUUGUAUUUUUAUUCAAUUCAGAAUUUUAGAUUUUGCAGAUCAACCAACGAAAGACGAACAUGAAUAUUUCCACUUUCAUGAUCUCUUUGUUUUUUGUUACCUUGACAAUGGCGGCAGAAGUGAUUGAUUAUCCGACAACUCUCUACACUUUUCCAACGGAGUUUGAACCAGCUUUUUGCAGUUUAUUGUACAAUCCAGAUACCGGUGGUUAUGAUUUGGCAUAUUCUUCAUUUACCGGAAUACCGGACGAACCAGAUAGAGUUCUACGAGUAUCAACCGUCUCACAGAAUUACCUUGACAAAACAAAAAUGCAGUCACAAUUGAUAACCGACGAGAUUUUGUGGCCGAAUGAAAUCGGGCAAGUACCAUAUGGUGCUUUUGGUUCUUCAAACUAUUGGACAUCCGCAAGUGCAUUCUUUCUUCCCGAAAAAGACAAUGGAUCAAUUUCUUUGAUUGAUAUGACAGAUCCAUUGAAUCCUGGAAAACCUAUCUGGAUAUCUAGUGAGCAGGGAAAGGAAUGGUAUUAUCACCGUGUGUUAUGGCAUGACAUGGAUUAUGAUGGCGAUUACGAUGCUGUUACGGCGAGAGCAUACGGAAAUGAAGUUGUUGCAACCGAAGCAGAGCUGGUAUGGUUCGAAAAUCCCGGUAUUAACCCUCCGCCUGAACACUGGGAGACUCAUGUUAUAAUUAGUGGUUACGAAGACGUCGGUUUAAGAAUUGAAAACUUACCUCUACCAGAUGGAUCAGAAACUCUUGUAAUAUUCAGUUCCGGAUUUUUUAGUCAGUCUCUGACAUUAACAUGGACAACUGAUGGGGAUUGGAAAAAUUCAGCUUCAAUACAACACCGUGUUAUAGACGAUGCCGGAUGGUAUUUUGAUCUUCAGGUUGCAGAUUUGAAUGUGGAUGGCAAAAAAGAUAUCUUGGUAACAACGUGGGCUAGGCCUAAUCUUGAUGCUCACGGAUCUCUUCUCGCUUAUGAAAUGCCCGAUGGAGAUUGGAGAACCGAGAACUGGAUUAAACAAGUUCUCACAACCGAUUUUCGUGAUGUUUAUCUGUUUCCCGGAAACGGAGCUCCUGGCUCACCAAUACCAUUUUGGAGAUCAAAGGCGAUGGAACUAAAUGGAGAAAAACCUCAUAUUAUAUUAAGCGGUGAUGACGAUGGACAUGCAUAUCUUUUGGUACCGAACAGCGAGGAUCCUUUAGACUGGACAUACAAGAAGUCAACGAUUUUUAGAGCACUGGGCACCGUCGGAACAAUAGCUGUGGGAGAUAUCGAUGGAGAUGGAUAUACUGAGAUGUUCAUUCCUGGAUACAGUACAAAUCAAAUUGUCGUGAUGACGUACAAACCAUGAUCGAGUCAAUUCACAAUUGAUUCUUCUGAAAGAAGACAAGUCAGUGAAUGACAAAAAAGAACAGCUGAGCAAAUAACAAAAGUCAUUGUAUUUAAUUAAUAAUAAUAUAUUUUUUUUUAAUUUAGGAUUUUCCGUAUUUUGAAACUUUUAAUUUUAAAAUAUCAUAAAAUGUUGAAUCUUGA